AGAAAGAAAUAGAAAAAAAAAAAAAAAAGACAGACAAUCCCAUGUGUAACAGCAGCAAACAGAACAAAACAUAUUGGAAUAAAUGAUGUAGCAAAGAAACAUAAGACUUCUGCACUGAAAAUUGCAAAACAUUGUCAAAAGGAAUGAAAGCUUUAACUAAAUGGAAAGAUCCUCGGGGUUCACAGACGUGAGACUGUUUUGUGCCAAUACUCCCCCAACUGACCCCUGGCUCCAAUGAAACCCCUAUCAAAAUCCCAGCUGGCUUUGAGAAGCUGAUCUUACAAUGAUGUGGGAAUGCAAGACCCAGAUUUGCCAAAACCAUCUUGAAAAAGGAGAGCAAAGUUGUUGGACCACUUCUGGAUGCAGACAUACUGCACAGCUUACAGUGAUCAAGGCAGUGUGGUACUGAGGCAAAGACAGGACUGAUCCGGAUCAAUGGGCUAGAGCUGAGACUCCAGGAAUAAACCCUCACAUUCACGGUCAGUUGGUUUGGACAAGGGCGCCAAGACAACACAGUGAGGAAGGGAACUGGCUUUUCACCAGCAGGUGCCGGAAACAGCUGGAUGCCCCCAGGCAAAAGAAUGAAGCUGCACAGAGUUUCCGUGUGGCUGAGGGGGUUAAGGAUCUGGCGUUGUGACUGCUGUGGCACACGUUUGAUCCCUGGCCUGGCAAAAAAGAGAAGAAUAAAGUUGAGUCCCUACCUCACACCAUACACAAACAUUAACUCAAAAUGGACCAUAGCCUUCAAUGUAAAAGCUGAAACUAUAAAACCCUUAGAGAAAAACAUUAGUGUUUGGGACCAUGUGUUAAACAACCAUCUCUUAUAAACGACCCCAGAAGCACAGCAAAGUAGGAGCGAGUAGGUCAGUUGGACCUGGUUAAAAGUUUGAACUUUCGUUUAUCAAAGGAUACGGUGUGUCGACAUGUGGGGAUUUCAGAAUCACUUGUUUAUGGAGUCGUUCAGUGAAGUUAAGUGACGUCAUUGUAAUCCACUCGAUGAUGGGGCAAAGACCAAAAAAAAAAAAAAAAAGGAAGAAGUUGUUUUUAGAAGUAUAGUUGUUUGGAGGUAAGAAUGAUGUGAGCUGUGUCCCGGUGGCAGCAGAGCUCCGCUGCUCUGCCGGGAACCAGGCUGGGGGCUUAUCAGUCAGAACGUGUGACCAGCUCUGGUGUGGGGACAUGAGGACUUGAUGGGCCGCAGUGUCAAACAGGGCAGCAGUCUCUCCAAGGAGGUCAGCCUGCCGGCCAACAGCCGCUCCGUCGUUCCCUAGCAACACGCCCUAGCAACAGGGGACUUUUAUUUUCACGCUGGCGGCUGGGCAUCCGCCAACAUCCGCUUUAGGAGAACCGGAAACUUCGUGCAAAAGGUACAUCUCAACUGAAUUUGGGCUGUAUUCCUUUCAUCUCCCUUUGCCUGGAACAGCAAUUCAUCUGUCAUUUGCUUGGAGCAUGUUGUUGCUUUAUUGGCUUGUUAAGGGACAUUCGCAUGCAUGCCUGUGACUGUGUAAUUCCCGCAGUGACCCUGUGUUAAAGAAACUAUUGGCAGAGACGGUCUCCGGCUCCGAGCGUAAAAUCUGCUGCCACUGAAACGAAUACCACCAAGGGGGUGGAGCAACACCCCGCGAGAGGGAGACAAUGUCUGCAGAUCAUGCAUCUGAUAAGCGAUGCAUCUGGAACAGGCAGGAGCUCUGAACCCACCAAGGCAAGCAACCCAGCGUGGAAAAGGACAGCGGAGCAGCGGGAGAAACCGUUUCCAAAGCAGAUCUCAUCCAUAAGCGCAGGAGCGAUCCCAACGCCCCGAAGAAGCAGGAAGGUGCACACCAGAACCCCUGUGAGGAAUCCCUCCCCACCCGCCAGGACAGGCCAUCCCCAGAAAGACGUGACAGAGGAGCGUUUCUAGGGGCGUGGAGAGGCCAGAGCCUUCAAGCGCUGCUGGCGGAUGCAGGCAUUUUGCACAACAGUUGGGCAGUUCCUCAAAAUGCUCAGCCGCGGGACCCGGCGAUGCCUGCGAGGUACUUUCCUGCGAGAAACGAAACCCCACGCCCACUCAGAUGUGUGUCCAGGCUCUUACCCACCGCGGAAGGGCGGAAACAAGCCCUCUGCCCGUCGGCGGGUGAACGGGUGACGAAUAGGCGCACAAAAUGCGGCGUAGCCAGUGCUUGGGCAAUAUCCUUCCGCCAGGAAAGGGCAAGAGGAACCGACACGGGCACCCCUGUGGGUGACCCUGAAGCCACGAUGCUGCGGAAAGGGAGCUCGUCCCCAAAGGCCACGUGUUACCCGGUCCUGUUUCUGUGUAAUAUCUGGGACAGGCAGAACCGUAGGUGGGAGAGGAGUGGUGGCCUGGGCCUGGGCCUGGGGCGGUGUCGGCAUCGCUUCUUGGGGUGCUGAGAUGUUAGACUGGGUUGGGGGCUGGUGGCACAGGUCUGUGAAUCUAGAGGAACCAUAUGUUCUAAGUGAGUGACUUAACGUCAGUUCCAGUGGGUGAAUUACCUCUCAAGAAAGAUGGAGAGAGAGAGGAGGCUUCGGCUGGGUUCUGACGGGAGGCCGUCAGCCCGGGGUAGCUGCGGGGGGGCUAGGUUUGGGGGCGCAUCUUUGGCUUUUUCGGGGUGGUCCCGAAUAGGCGGCCAGAAUAGGGAGCCGGUGGUCCUGGCCCCGGCCUGCCCCUCUGACCGCAGGGCUUGUGCGGGCCCUGCUGGGGGUCAGACCUGGUCUGCCGCUGUCCCUCCCGUGUGAUAGGCUUGCCGAGGAGUGAGGCGCGUGCAAGGCCAAGUCGGGAAAGCAAGAGAAACGUGUGAAGGUGUCCAAGCGGAUGGCUGGGCUCAAGCCGGCGCCAGCCCCGACGUUCCUCUCCAGCCCCCUUCGAAGCACCAGCCCAGUCACAGCAUUCCAAGAACUCAGGGCCAUUGCAAUGGGGGCCCCGCCUGGGUCAGUCUUCCAGGGGGCCUGGGAGCCUUGGCCCUGGGUGGGCGGAGCAAGAAGCCCAGCUGACCCAAAGUGCAGACAGGGUGAGUGGUGGGGAGCUUGGGGUGGGGGAGCUGGGAGGCUGUGCCCCUCCCCAUUGGGCCUGCAGCAGGAGCAGGAAGCCCCCACGCCUUGCCUCCCCAGAGAGCCAGCCUGUGGGCAGCAUCUGUGCCCAUUCUGGGGGCCACUUUUCUGGCCUGGCACAGACUAGGGGUUCAACCAACAUUUGUAAACAGAUGAGCAAAGCGCAAGCCCCCCACCCUCCGGGGUUGGCCAUGGGGGCAGGAGGAUGGGACUCUAGGUAACGCCUCCGCAGGGCUGGGCACCCUCUUCCCCCAGCCCCUAUCCCGGGUCAUAGCUCUGCCCUGCUCCUUCCACCCCAUCGAGCCCCUUGCAGAGGGCAGUUGGGGAGCCGUCCCCUCCCCCAGGCAUGGCCAACUGGGGUGCUGAGCCUGGGUCACCACCCAUGGCGGCCCCCAUGCCCCCGGGCCGCCAGCGUGCAGCUCUGUCCCGUUCUGCCCCCGUCUCUUUUUCCAGGAGCCCUCAGUGCAGGUGCCAGCGCACACUUCCAUGUGUCGUAAAAUUAAAAACAGCCACCACAACAAAACCCAGGGUGCUGGCCAGACCCUGACCCUCUGCAGGGGCCCCAGGGCCCAAGGUCCUGAGGGGCAGAAACGGACACCUGCCCGUAAGGAAGGGCCUUGGUCCCGCUCCGCCAGAGGCCAUGCCCGCAGCCCCUGAGCGGGGCCCGGGGUGGGGCGGCCGGGGCCCCCGCGGCCCGACGGACGGAGCACCUGUGCUGGGGGUGGGGUUGACCUUCCUGGAGCCUUCGGCCCGAGGCGCAGGGUGUCUGCCCCCCCCCCACCAUCCAGCCUGACCCCCUGCAUCACACCUGCUGGUCUGCUUCCACCCUGGGUGGGGGGAGGUUACGGGGCGAGUUGUGUCCCCACCAAGUUCAUAUGUGGCAUCCUAAGCCCUUGUACCUCGCAUGUGACCGCACUGGGAGAAAGGGCUUCGCAGUGGGAGCGAAGUUAUUCAGCUCAGGGUGGGGAGGGGUCACCCCGCAUCUCAAAGGAUCCUAAAUCCAGGGACAAGUCCUCUUGGAGGAGAAGACUCGGGGCGACUGGCCAUGUGAAGACGAAGGCCGAGGCCCAGGGGUGCUUGUCCAAGCCAGGAACCCGUAGGUCACCGGAAACCACCAGGAACUCGGAGGAGGCCUGGACCAGACUCUUGCUGGCGGCCCCGGGAGCCGGCCGAGCCUGCACUUGACCUUCUGGACUUGCAGCCUCCAGGCUGUUAGCAAACAAACAAUGCAGUCUGGUUCGCCCAGGCCGAGCUGACGAAGGCCCUGAGACUUGGGUCCUGUUGUCCCCGGCCGUCCGGCAAUGACUGCCCUCCAGGCGCCUUUGGGGGCUGAGAUCUCAAGUCCACACCCUUGGCAGUGCUCCCCCAAGUCCGACUUCUGCGGCCUCGCCCAGCCCUUGACAAGGUCCUGCAGCUUCCUCCGUGUCUUGUCUAAACCAGCUCAGGACUGUGGCAGCCUUGGCCCCGCAGGGGGAGGUGGGGGCAGAAUCCCACCCCAUUACAUGGACAGAAGCCACGAGCGAGGGUUCACCGGCUGGGUCGAGCUGCCUGGGCUGCAGGGGUCCCCGUCAUUUGGAACCCACACUUAUUCUGUGUAUGUUCGUAUUUCUGGGGGAGCUUCGCAUUUGAGUGAGUAGACUGAAUAAAGCAGAUGGCCUGCCCCAGCCUGAUGGGCCUUAUCCAAUCAGUUGAAGGCCCGGAACAAAAGGCUGAGUAAGAGGGGACCCCUCCAGCCUGACGAAGGAGCUGAGAUAGUCUUUCCCUGCCUUCUGACUCAGACUGAAAUUUGGGCCCUUCCCCGUCUUGAGCCCGCUGGCUUUUGGGCUGGAACUCAUGCCAUCUGCUCCCCUGGGCCCCCAAGCUGCCGACCACAGAUCGCCGACUCCUCAGCCUCCGUCACUGUGUGAGCCCGUCCUUGUCAGCAGUGUCCUUCUGCGUACACACAGUCCGUCGGUUCUGCUUCUCUAGAGAACCCUGAUGGAUGGGACACGUCUUUGGAAUUUCUCCAAGAGUCUGACACCCGCAGGGGACCGCGUUUCCAUCCUCGGAGCCAGGUGUGCGGGAUCCGGGGAGGACGGGCUCCUGGCCUUCUUCUCCAGUGCAGCCGGGUCCAUCCCAGGCCACCCUUCUGGCGGGUGAGACAGCCGUGCGGGGGAGCCGGCCAAGGUGGACAGACAGCGGCCGACACCCUGACACGGCAGUGAGCCCCGCCGAGCCCAGGCAAGCUGAGCCCCCCCGACGCCGCGCAGCGUAGCGCCCGGCCUCAUGGUGACUUUUGUGGGUAUUUGUUGACUUGGGUGUUUUGUGUGGCAGCACCUGCUUCCACAGGCCUUUUCUGUCGUGGUCGGGAGGGACCAGAUGAUGCGGUGGGAACAAAUAAGCCCCAGACCUAAAAUGAUGUGGCGCCAGCUGAGCAGACAGGCUGCUGGCCGUCGAGCGGAGGGCAGAGGUGGGGACAAAGGUGAUCCCCGAUGCUGGGACAGCGCGUGGUGAAAAUCCACGGCCACAUGGCAGGGGGACUGCGAGGGAACCGAGCUGGCGGCCACGGCAGAAAGUGGAAAACAGAACCUGUGUGGGGGUGGGUCCUGUGGGGGUGUGUCCCGUGUGUGCGCUGGGGGCCGUGGCUGUGCUGUGGGAAGAGCAGAACAAGGAGGAGUAAGAUUGGGAAAGAUACCCCGUUUGCAGGCGAGAAACGAAAGUGGAUCUGGACACGGAUCUGGAAAUUCAGAAUCAUGCAAGGCUGGACAUCAGCAGCUUCCAGAAUUAGGAUGUUAAGAGUUCGGCGACAGAGGCCGGGAACAGCCUCUGCGCCGGGGCCAGGGAGGUGGAGGUCAGAGAGGGGUAAGGCCUGCGCCUCGAGCCCAGAGCCCUGGCGGCUGCUGUCGCUGCGGGGGGAGCGGGAGCCGCCGGCCCCGGGCCUUCCCUCGCCUGCGCGAGCUGCUCCUGGCGCGGGCCUCGUGGCUCUGGGGUCGGCCGAGGGGUGUGGGGAAGGGACAGCCACGCACCCCCUCGUCCCGUCUUGUCCCAUCUUCCUUCUGCCCCAGCCUCACAGCUGCCCAGCCUCAGUCCGGCAGCUGCCCCCUCGUCAUGGUCCCCGUCCUAGACGUCCAGACGCGGGGACACGGCGCCCCUCACCCUCAGCGGGACACUUGGUUUUGCCCAACACACACACGCACACGCACACACGCCCUUGUGCACACACACACACGUGCGCACACACCCAGGUGCCCCCCCACCUAUGUGCCUACACAACCGUGCGCACAAUGCACACCCAUGCUCACGCCUAUCUGCACACGCACGCAUGCACGCCCACACAUGUGCGCACACGCGCAUCAGACCUUGCCCGACGACCCCGCCCUUGCUGUCCCCAGGGCUGCCCAGAGGGGUGCGGGGAGGAGAGAGGGUUUGUCUCCCUUACGUGGGACCUGCCAGCUCCCAGCCGAGGAGAGGCAGACACCGCUGCCACGCUGGACAGAUGGGGGCUAGAGCCCUGCUGUGUGUCGGGGGCCUCCCCCCGGACACCCGCGGCCUGUGUGUGUGUCGGGGGGGGGCGGCUACGUGACCUCUGCCCCCAGCCUGGCGAGGCCUCUGCCCGGGCCCGGGGCCUGGCUGCAGAAACCACGGUGCCCACCCUCUCCCUCCCAUCCCCGCGGACGUGCAGCCCCCUCUGGUCUGAGAGCAGAAGCCUGUGUCCUCCAGGGUCACCCUGACCCGUCUGAAGAGGCACCGGGACUCUGCCAGCCACACGCGAGCAGGAGGGUAGGCUGCAGGUCGCGGGCACAGCAGCACCAGAGCACCCUCCGGGGGGCGUUCGGAAGGUUGCCCCUUCCUGCCGCUGGCCAGGACCCCAGUGCUGCGCCCUGGAUGGUGCACAGCUUAUGUCCUGCCUUCUGCCUCCCGCUGUCCUUCCCUCGUGUAGGGUGGGUGGGGAGGGGGCUCACGGGCCCAGGGGUCCACCUGAGGGCUAGGCCCAUGUCCUCGUGUGACGGCUGGGACGCUCCAGGGGCAGGACUGAGUCAGCACCCGCCAGGCACUUAGACCAGCACUUGGGGGGCUGUGGGGCUGUGGGGGCCCCUCCCAUCCCUGGGGCGCCAGGGGUGGCGCGGCCGGGCCUCCCCCUUCACGUCCUCAUCUGUGGGACUGUGACGUUUUCAGCUAUAGGAGGGGCUGUGUCAACAUGCAGGUGACGGGACCAGUGCUGCACGCCCAGGCGAAGCUGUAGCACCUGCCAGUACGUUGCAUGUCACCUCCCAGGGCCUCCCUGGGGGCUUUUGUCCAGUGCCGAGAACCUGAGCGACCAGCGCACACCCAGGUGGGAAGGAAGGGGCCGGGCUGCCGCACGAAGGCUCCUGGGGACGGAAGCCAGGCAGAGCCGUCCUACCAUCUGGCUGCAGCUCCUGGAGAAUUUGCCGGAACCCUCUGGGGAGGCGGUGAGUCACGAGGGAGUCGUGGAGGCCUGUGAUUGUUGGAAGGGCAGCAGGGGGACAGAUAAUGUGGCAGGGAUGUGGCCGGGGGCGCCAGGGCCUGUCUCAGGAGUCUGCGGUGGGGCAAGAGUGUCCCCAGCUGGCGCUGCUCAUUGCCACAGGGUCAAGGACCAAGCAGAGCCGGGCCAGCCUUGCCGGGGUGCCCGGAGGAUGGCGGACGUGGGGCCUGUCCCCCCACUCCUGGCCACGAGACCAUGUCCACCAGGGUCCAGGAUGCCUCAGCGUUUGUCCCUUCGUCCCGCCCGCCCGCAGGCGGCGAAAGUCAGGAGAAAUGCAGGAGAAAACACUCACCCUCCACAACCCGAAGGAAGAAACCAUGAUGGGACAUUAAAAACACCGGGCAGGGGCCGAGCGGCAGGAACCAGGCAGGCGCGGGCCCCGCAGACAAGGCCCCGCGCGGCGGCUUGAGCGUAACACAGUCCGGCAAACCGGAUCCCGAGAGGACAAAGCCACGGGCGCUACCUACAGCUUCAGCAGGCCAUCAAGAUGACGGUGAGUGUUUGAUGACGCUGGCAGUUCUCCAAACGAGGCGCGCGACGACCGCACAGCCCAGCGGGGGCCCUCGGGCGUCUCUCCAAAGGAAGGGUCCGUUUUCGUCCACUCAGAAAACCCCAGGCAGGUGUCCGCGGCAGCGUUAUUUAGAGCAGCCCCUCGGCCGGGUUUGCCAACAUCCGCCUCUAAUCCCGAGGCUCUGGACACCAGCCAGUGUGUUCUGAUGCCACGGGCCUGGGGUUCGUGUCGGGGCCCCUGGUCGAGGGCCCAGCCCCACAGGACGGCCCCCACUUCCGACGCCAGCCACAUGUCCAGGGCCACCCGUGCUGCUGAUGGACCGGCUGUGGCUCGGGGUUCCCGUCCCCCCUCCCCAGAUUUGAUCACUUCCGGGACCGGCUCGCGAGGCUCAGGAGCGUGUUUUACUUAGUACACCUGCUUGUUAGAAAAGAUGCCGCUCAGGAAGAGCCGGGGGAGAGAUGCAGGGUCGGGGUGGGGUGGGGGGUGGGGGUGGAGCUUCUGUGCCCUCCUGGGUGCGGCCCCCUCCCGGCUGCCCACCAGCCAGAGCCCGUUGGUUUGGGGCUUCUCUAGAAGGUCCCUUUUGGAGGCGUGGCUGGUUAAACCACUGGCCACAGUGACUAACUCAUCCUCCAGCCCCUCUCCCUUCCCCAGAGGUGUCUAAUUGUGUCUGGUCUUUUCGGAGACCCAUCCUGGUGUGACCUAGGGGUCUGCAGCACGGGUCGUCUCAUUAGCUGACAAAGGACAUUUAUUAUUCCAAGAUGCCCGGGGUUUUAGGAACCCUGUGCCAGGGACCAGAACAAAGACUAAAAAUUAAUUUGUUUCUUUAAUUUUUUUUUCUUU